UCAGAACAGGAAGAGACGCGCCAGCGCGCUCGUCUGCUAGCUCGCUAACUCCACACCAUUAACAUUUUGUUACAAUAGUGUGUUUACUACAGUAGGCCACUAGCAUUUUAACGCAGUGUGUUUCUUAUAGUACACGUUUCCUCCUCAGAACCCGUCGAGAUGUGUCUGUAAAGUGAGGAUUUCAGCUCGCCUUCUUCCGUUUAUCCAGUUUGUGUCAGUAAUGUCACUCGCCUCAGCUCGGUUUGCUGCCGCGUGUCCAAACGUCUGGAUGUAACGCGCGUUUGUGUGGAAGUUGAGCUUUUUGUCUAACGUUCGCUCGCUCGCUCGGAAAGUCGCCGCGAGUAGUGACCGACCACGACACGACACGCUUCUCCUCCGCAGGGCCGCGCUACGGGUCACGUGCGUAACGGGAAGCGCGGGCGCACCUGGAGAGACCGCAGGACGGCGAUGUCGCUGCCCGCGAGCGCUGGCGCCGGUGGCGGCGCGGACAGGGACGCGAUGGAGCUCGUCUGUCCGGUGUGUCUGGAGAUCUUCGACUGUCCCCUGACCACACAGUGCGGACACACUUUCUGUCAGAGCUGCCUGCAGGAGUGUUUGCGGCCUCAGAAGCCAGUGUGUGCCGUCUGCAGAAGUGCCUUGCUGCAGUGGACCAGAGCCUUCGAACUGGAGACAUUAAUCCACAGCUCAAGCCGUCCAUGCAAGGGCUGUGGAGAGGCGGUCAUGUUGUCCAAAAUGCGCGAGCACAUUGCUCGCUGCUCUAAGUACCAGGACUACGUCCAGGAUGGGCUCCGAAGCAUGUCCAAGCCCCAGCUGGACGUGAUCAGGUCAGUGCCCAACCGGCACACAUUCCCCUGCCCCUACUGCAGUGAGCAGAACUUUGACCAGGACGGUCUGGUGGAGCACUGUAACUCCCAGCAUGCUCAGGACCCACGCCCAGUGGUGUGUCCUGUCUGUGCCUCCAUGCCCUGGGGCGAUCCCAACUACAGGAGCGCCAACUUCUUUCAGCACCUCCGGAUGAGACACUCUUUCUCCUAUGACACGUUUGUGGACUACUCUGCCGAUGAGCAGGCUAUGAUCCAGGAGGCCAUCCAGCGCUCUCUGGUGGAUAACUGAAGAAGUGAAGAGUCUCGUGGGACAGGAAGGGAUGUCCUCAAAGCCUAAACUAAUGUCCAAAAAUGUCAGCGUGUCAAACAGACUGUAGAGUUCAGGGUUACUCCACUCCAUUAGAAGUUCUUUGCCUUUCAUAUAUUUAACCAAAGCAGUGUGCGUGAAAUAUAAAAUAACAAAUUAAACCUGUAAUAGUGGAGAAUAAAUACUCUGAUUGUAGUUUUGAGAAGCGAGUCAUCUGCGUUGUGUCUGUAAAUGCCUUACGUUGAUAAAGUCAUGAUCCGCUCAGCUCUGCUGUCCUGUUUGACUUCCUGCUCUACUGACCUAAACUGCUAUGUGUGGGGUUUUUUGGUCUGGGGCGUAUUCCCAUGUGCCUGAGCGUCCAUGCGCUCACACAGUGAAGGGUCACUGUGCUGAUCCCACACCCCCAGUGUGUGCGUGCGCUAUGUGUCUGAUGUCGGUUUGGUCAGACCACGUGUCUGAUGUUGGUUCUCAGUCCAUUUGCACACUCAUUAGUCUGUUUUUAUCUGAAAAGUGAUCUAGAUUUGAUCUGAUAGUGUGAUACAUGGUUUUGUUUAUAUUUUUAUUUGUUUAGUAUCUGUAAUGUAUGAAAAUAAAGCUUCUUCACUGGAAACACA